GGAAUCCGAAGAAAUAACCGAACGCCACGGAGCAUCUACAGUGACGACAACGCCAGAGAUAAUUUACGUAAUUAACGCUAGAGGGCAUUGCGCAAUGUUUUGAAUGUUAUGGCGACUUAAAAGGGUUAGACGAAUGAUGAAAGCGAAAGUAAAUUUAUCUCGUAAAGAUCCUGAAAAAUACAAAUGCCUAGAAAUAAUCCAAUCAUCCUCCAGCAUGGGAUCAAUGGGCAGUGGGUGGGUGCGGAAAGAAAUCAACACAGAAACAACAGCAAUAAUCGCAAUCCCGUUUUGAACGUUCAGGACAGAGUGUGCCAUGUUAUAUUCAUUAAAAUUGCUCUUACUUACGCUAAAAUUUUUCCUCCGCCUAUUAGAAGAUUGUUCGAAUAUAUUAUUUUAUCGAAGGCAUUGGUAUCUUUCUUUAUUUUAAUUUAUAUUCAUUUUGCCUUCAUUCGUUCACCGAUCAAAUGUCUCGACGAGUUGCACAAUAACUGGCCGAAAGAUGGGAUCCUGCGCAUCGAAAUCGUACGGCACGAUAACGACAAAGCUUUCGUCGUCAAUGACAAUUUAAUAACGCCGGAGGAAUCGAUGGACUUUUCUGUCGGUUUAAAUUACACUUCCGUUUUUAUGGAUUUAGUUACGCAUAUAGAUAGCUCUGCUCCUUCAAAAGAUUGGUCUAAUAGUGAAUAUAUAAUGGAAUAUUCUUUGGAAUAUGGAUUUUUAAGACUUUCUCCUAGUGCCAGAAAAAGAUUAAACAUUCCUGUUAAAGUUGUUGUCUUAAAUUCAAAGAAGGAAAAUUGUUUCGGAGACUGGUUUAGUCGUCUACUAUUAGAUGAAUAUCUUGGAUACGAAGAUGUAUUGAUGGCUAGUUUGAAACGACUUGCAGAAAAAGAAGAAAAAAGGGGAUUUGUAAGAAAUGUUAUUAGCGGAGAGCAUCACACCUUCGUCAAUUUAAUGAUGAACGAAUAUUAUUUGUAUAUUUUGGCUGCUGCAAUAAUGAUUAUUUUUACUCUUGCUAUAUCCAUGCUCUUAAGAUAUUCUCAUCAUCAAGUAUUUGUAUUUAUUGAUUUACUCCACACAUUGGAAGCUGAUACCACCACCACUUUUCCAAUAGUACCUUUGCUUACCGUCAUUCUGGCGCUGGUCGGAACGGAAGCUAUUAUGUCAGAAUUCUUUAAUGACAACACGACGGCUUUUUACGUUAUAUUGAUUGUGUGGAUAGCGGAUCAAUACGAUAGUAUUUGUUGUCACACGAACAUAACCAAGCGUUAUUGGUUAAGGUUCUUCUACUUGUACAUGUACGCCUUCUACGCCUACAACUGCAGAUUCAACGGGCACUACGGAGGACUGGCGUUGCUCACCUCUUGGUUCUUCGUUCAGCACGCCAUGCUCUACUUCUUCCACCGGUACGAGCUUCCGGCCAUCAUCCAGGCCAGGGCCAUUCAGCUUCCUCUACACAACAUCAUCCUCAUCGGAAGGUUGAUCGAACAGAGAUUGAGGGACGAUCGGCCCGCCGACGAACCUCGUCACGAACACUCAGUUCGAGAAGAUCGGGAGCAGGAGAGGGAUGCUGAGCCCCGUCCAACCCAACUUUAGUUCCAAGAUUUAUUUAAAUAAAAAAGAAAAGUUCUGUACAUCUUGUUGAAGAAUAAAGAUUAUUCUCCUUGUUUAUUAUUAUUAUUAUAA